GUUCUUUUCUUCUUUCUUUUGUACGAACUCUGAAUGACGAAUUCAAUAGUGUCCUUGUUGUUUGGUUUUCUCUGACACAGAUUUAUUUUCUUUGUUUUCUCUAGAAAACCCAGAGAGAGCAGCAUUAUAUUUUGUAUCUGGAGUGUGCAUUGGCCUAAUUUUGACUCUUGUGGCCUUGGUAAUGAGGAUAUCUUGCCAAACAGACUGUAAAAGGUCCACAGUAAAGAAGCCUCCCAGGAAACAGGAGAGUGACAGUGAUGACAGCAGCGACAGUGACGACGACUCUGACACCACUUCGGAUUUAUCUGCAAGAAGGCACAGGCGCUUUGAGAGGACUUUAAACAUGAACGUGUUUACAUCAGCUGAAGAACUUGAAAGGGCUCAGAGGCUUGAAGAAAGGGAACGCAUCAUUCGAGAAAUAUGGAUGAAUGGGCAACCAGACAUCCCAGGAACCAGAAGUCUCAAUCGUUAUUAUUAAUUGAAACCGUCAUGCAGUUCUUAGACGGCAUUCUAAGCAAAUUAUAUGUCAGAAUUUUAACAUUAUAGACUGGUACUCCUACCUAAAGACUCCAUUAGGAUUUUCCCAGCAUCAUUAAAUUGAAUUAUGAAGAUUCUGUAACUUUUUUCCUGGAAUUUCAAAGAAACAUUUCUAAACAUAAUGUAUAUAUAUAUAUUUAUACAUAUAAGACGCCUCCCACAACUGGUGCCGUUUGAGGCUGGGCCUUGAUAUACCUUUACAACCGGUUCUUGUGCACUUCAGAAUAUACAUACAAGACAUUUUGAUUUCCCUUUCUGGAGGAACUGUAUAAUAUAGGUAAAUCCUACAGCAAUCUUUGGGCAUUUGGAAGAAGCUACGCAGUGAGAGCUUCACGUUUCCUACAAACUUUAAAUCAUCUCAGUGCUUAGUGAUUAAUAGUUGUUGUUCCACCUACAAAAUAAAUGAACUGGCUGCUAACAGGCCGAUGACAUGCAAUUAAGCAGAGCUAUAAUUUAAUUGUUUCCAUGAUCUUCUUAAAAUAGGAAGAUAUUUGUUGCUGCUAUGGUAAAAGACACCGUUCCAUCCUAUCAGCACCCUCUCUUUGUAUCACAUUGCCGAAUUAGAAUUAUUUAGCCCAUAAAAAAACUAUUAAUGGGCGGAAAGAUUACACUAUUAAAGAAUAUUAGGCAGCGUAUUCCGGCAGCUUUUGGGGCAUUUUGUUUCUAUUGCUAAAUUUAGCAAUAAAAGUAUUAUAUAAAAACGUAGAAAGUGGAUCAGCACCUUAAAAAAAUCCGAUAUUUCAGACUUCUUUUUGGGCAGCAUUUUAACUGACGCCUCAGGGAUCCAAUCCUAUUUUGUUACAGGAUUUUUUUUUUUGUACUAAAUCUAUGGUAUUUUGGACAUAAUCCAUGCAAUUGUUUGUUUUAUAGCUAUCCUUCUACGAACAAUCUGCAUGGGAAAAUGUUAUAGAUUCACGGAUGAAAUGCCCACUAGAGAUGUGUCAGAAACCUACAACCUCAGAGAGGUCGAAUUUGGGAUUGUUUUUUUUUCUUUGGAAAUGCUUACGAUAAUGUGCCUUAUUAAUUAUCUGUCCUACAAUAUUUUCCUUACCGAAAGCAAUGCACAUUGAUUUUGUUAUUUUAUAUUUUAUUAAAGGAAAAUAAUGUAUGUUGAAGAAAAAAAGUGUGUAUAUAAAGACCAAUCGUGGCAGAAGGAUUAUGCAAAUAAAAGUUUUUGUAUUUAAUAAUUGGUUUGGCUCUGUGAUGCUAGACAAAUUAAUACUGUAUUCUGUUCGUUAAUUGCAAGCAGAUACAUUGGAUUUAUUUGUUUAACU